AACGACGACAACGACGACACCUCCAACGACAAAUGCCGCCCCUCAGCUCACGAAAACCGUCUCUCAUACCGCCCACCUUUCAAUAUCCCCUCAAACUCUGCUUCGCCACAACUCUCACCACAUGGGUCCUUUCUCUCAUCACCGGCAACGUCUCGCAAGUCGACCGUCUAUGGACAUUCCUGCCCACUAUUUACACCGCGUAUUGGGCCCUCUUACCGUUAUGGCCGAAUGAGAAUAAGAGUAUUGGGUAUUUGGCGCCGUAUGUGCCGGAGAGGGUGGUCGGAGAGGUGGUGGAGGCGUUCCAUCCGAGAGCGGUGCUCAUGUUGGCUUUGACUUUUUUGUGGAUGUGCAGAUUGUCGUAUAACACUUGGAGGAGAGGAUUGUUCCGUCUUGACGACGAAGAUUAUCGUUGGGUAGUUCUUCGCACCAAAAUUCCUCCAUGGCUCUUCCAAGUCACAAACCUCACUUUCAUCGCCGGCAUCCAAAACUUCCUCCUCCUACUCCUCGCCUUCCCAACCCACCGCGCACUAUCCACUCCGCGCGAGCUCACAAUCACAGACUACGUCCUUACCGCCGUAUCGCUCACUCUACUCGCCAUCGAAUUCACCGCGGACAAUCAACAGUUCGCAUACCAGACAUUCAAGCACGCUGACCCUGCUUUGGGUGAGUAUGAUGGGAAGGCUGUGGAGUGGCCUGGCGCGAGGUUGAAGUGGACGGAGGCGGAUCGGAGGAGGGGGUUCUGCACGAAGGGACUGUGGGCUUGGUCGAGGCAUCCGAAUUUCUGGUGUGAACAAACGUUCUGGGGCGUGAUCACUCUGUUUCCUGUGCUGUCUUCGCCCACCGGACCUCUUGUACAUCCUGAAGUUACCACCUUGAGCGAUGCCCUACAACUUCUUGCGCCGCUCGCACCAUCGCUGGCGCUCUGCGCCCUCUUCGUAUCCUCUACUAUCUUCACCGAGAGCAUCUCCAUGUCGAAGUACCCCGAAGCGUAUGGGGCGUACAGGAAGAGAGUCUCGAUGUUUGUGCCUUUGUUGACUCCGGUGUGGGGUAUCUUGUUGAAGUUGACGGGCGGGAAGGAGCAGGUGGAGGAACUGGUGUGGGGGCAGAAGCUCGAGCUUAAGGGAUCGAAGGAGGAGUAGAACGUGCGGUAGUCUGAUUGUACGAUUAGUGUUGGCUGCGAGGGGUGAUCGCUUUCUUGUUUUCUUGAAAUUCUGCAUAGGGGUAAUUAGCUACGCCACUGUGGCCCUGCAUGAGCAUGUUCGAACUUAGGAUGAUGACGUCAC